UCGUUCAAAGAGCUUCAGUCGUUGCUUGACUCUUCGGCGACGGAGAUUAUCGAGUUCGUAGCCCGCGGCUACAGGAAUUAAAAAUUCGUGCUUGUGCUGUUUCACUGUUGAGAACAUUCAGGGUGACAAGGUAACGAUGAAGUUGCUGAAGUGUCUUGUGCCGGUGGUGGUAAUCCUGUUCGUGGGAUCUUCGAACGCCAGACCUGGUUUGCUCGGCGAGUUGGCAGCUAACCAUGGACUCAGUUUGCUGGAUCCACUGGGUCUCUUCCAAAAGGACAGAGGUGCCCAGGCCUCGAGCAAGGCCCAAUCCAUCGGAAGCAACUUCAGCCUGGGACCACUUUCCCUUUCUAGCAGCAUCGCCUCCUCCUCGUCAUCGGCGCAUGCUUCUGGCGAUGGAUCCGCCUCGGCCAAUGCCAAGGCGAAUUCACAAGCCUUUGGUAGCGGCACUGCGAACGCUGACGCCUCUGCCACCGCCAAUGCUCAAGGUGGCUAUGGUUAUCCGGGAGAGAAUUACGGUCCCAACUCGGGUGGUGUCUUCGGUGGCGAUUAUAACAGUUACAUUCCACGACGCAAUCGGCAUCACGGUAGUUACGGUGGUUCUCAAUCGGGCGCGGGUAGUGGCGGCGGUUAUGGCGCAAGCGCCGGCGCUAGCGCGGGCUCCAGCGACGGUGCGUACGCAGGCGCGCAAGCUGGAGCACAGGCUGGAGCCAGUGGCGGCGCCUACGUUGGGGCGGGAGCAACAGCUGACGCGACUAGCAACUCGAAUGCUAACGUCAACACGAAUGUAAACACCAACGUGUACUCUGUCGCCAAUACGAACGCAAACGCAAACACAAACGCAAACACAAACGCGAACACAAACUUGAAUACGAACGUGAUUACGAACGUAAACACGAACGUGAACCAAAAUGGCGGCGUGAGAAUACCGGGUGGCUACUAUACCUCUGGCAACGUCCAAGCCAACGCUGGCGCCAACACUGUUGGUACCAACGGAGUGGAGCUAAUCCCUGAAAGACAAAUCGGUUAUGGCCGCCCUGGCUUCCCAGGGUAUAACAAGGAAAUCGAAGUGCUUCCUGUUCCUUCGAGACCUCCGCCAUCGUUACCAAUGUAUCCUAGACCCGACGUGAUCGUUCAUCCUGUUCCUACAUCGCCACCGCAGCAAAUCCCUCACUUCCCGCCGCGCCCCCCACAGAAUGGAGGAGACUCGGUGAUACCGGUUGUCGUCGUGGAAGGUCCUCCGUUUGGUAGACCGAUGCCCCGGCCCAGACCGAGUCAUCGCCCGAAACCGAAGUACGAGCCGUUGCACAUCGUCGUGAUCGAGGCACCAGAGCCUCAACAAGGCCAAGCAGGUGGAAUUGGAAAGGGAUACUACGGCCCAACUGGUCAACUGAACGCUGGGGGCAUAGCCAGCGCGAAUGCUAACGCAAACGCAAAUGCAAACGCUGGCGCCAAUGGGAACCAGUACCCUGGAUCAACAGGCUACAUUCAGCAACCAGAACGCUACCCUGCGAGUGCUCCAUCUACCCCCAUCGCUUCUAGUAAUCCCUUCCUGAGUGGAUCAUCCCAAGCAAACGCUGGAGCAUUGGCCACCUCUAACGGAAACGGUUAUCCAGGUUCCCCAGGUCAAGCUCCAGGAUACUCCCCUGACAGUGGCUUUGGCGCCCCUAUUGGAUCAAACAAUCCUUUCUUAAACGGUCAAGCAGGCGCCAACGCAGGCGCCAACGCAGGCGCCACUGCAACAGCCAACGCAAACGCAAACGCCGGCGCCAACGCCAACGGCGGCACUCCAGUUCAAAUUGGAUCUCAGAAUCCCUUCUUCAACGGUCCAGCUCCUAACCCUGUACUCUACACCAACAACAGAGCUCCCACAGGUUCAUCUCUAGGAGGAAGCACUGCCAACGCAAACGCCGCUGCUAACGCUGGUGCUCAGACCAAGCCGAAAGGUGUGCCUACAUCGUAUCCAGGUCAAAUCACCGGACCAGGUAGCUACGUUCCGGUUUCUGGACCGUCAGGAUCUGGAGCAUUGGCCAACAGCAAUGCCAACGCUGGAGCUACGUCCGGAGGAUACGUACAACCAAUGAAAACGGCUCCAGUGAUGGUUUUACAACCCAGUGGACCUGGCAAUGGCUUUGGAGGACCUGGCUCUGGAGCAUAUGGAGGAUCUGGAUCUAUUGGGUACGCUCCAGUCAAAGGUAGCCCUAGCUAUGGAGGCUCCAGACCGAUCGGUGGCGGUGGAAACAUGUACGGCAGUUCAGGUCCUUCUGGGUCGGGUAGCAAUGGAUUUGGUGGAGCUAAGGCUGACGCAGCGGCAAAUGCUGGAAGCGGUAGUUUUGGAGGAAACGGUGGCGCUGGAAAUGGCUAUGGUCAGACAGGAUUAGGCUUUGGCGGCCAAAGUGGAGGAUUGUCUGGAGCUAACGCUAAGUCUAACGCCCUAGCCAAUGCUGGAAGCAGUAGUUUUGGAGGAAAUGGUGGUUCCGGAAGCGGUGGACUCGGUGGAAAUAGCUACGGUCAACCUAGUUCCGGUUUUGGUGGAAAUAUGGGAUCCUCUGGGUCUAAUGCCAAAGCUGACGCGAUAGCCAAUGCUGGAAGCAGUAGUUUUGGAGGAAAUGGUGGUUCCGGAAGCGGCGGACUCGGUGGAAAUAGCUACGGUCAACCUAGUUCCGGUUUUGGUGGAAAUAUGGGAUCCUCUGGGUCUAAUGCCAAAGCUGACGCGAUAGCCAGUGCUGGAAGCAGUAGUUUUGGAGGAAAUGGUGGUUCCGGAAGCGGUGGACUCGGUGGAAAUAGCUACGGUCAACCUAGUUCCGGUUUUGGUGGAAUUGGAGGAUCCUCUGGAUCUAAUGCCAAAGCUGACGCGAUAGCUAAUGCUGGAAGCAGUGGUUUCGGUGGAAAUGGCGGUGCUGGAAGCGGUGGAUUCGGUGGAAAUGGUGCUGGAAAUAGCUAUGGUCAACCUAGCUCCGGUUUUGGUGGAAUUGGAGGAUCCUCUGGAUCUAAUGCCAAAUCUGACGCGAUAGCUAAUGCUGGAAGCAGUGGAUUCGGUGGAAGUGGUGCUGGAAAUAGCUAUGGUCAACCUAGCGUCGGUUUUGGUGGAGUCGGAGGUUCCUCUGGGUCGAAUGCUAAAGCUGACGCCAUAGCUAACGCUGGAAGUGGUGGUUUCGGUGGAAAUGUCGGUGCUGGAAACGGUGGUUUCGGUGCAAACGGCGGUGCUGGAGGUUUUGGUCAAUCAGGAUCGGGGCUAGGCGGAUUUGGAGGUUCCUCUGGGUCGAGUGCCAAGGCUGACGCUAUAGCCAACGCUGGAAGCAGUGGUUUCGGUGGAAAUGGUGGGGCUGGAAGCGGUUUUGGUCAAUCAGGAUCGGGUCUUGGAGGAUUUGGUUCUUCUGGAGCUAGUGCUAAGGCUGAUGCGAGCGCUAAUGCUGGAAGCUUUGGUGGCGGAUAUGGCGGUUUCGGAAGUCAAAAUGUUAAAGGGUCUGGAGCUGGUGGAUCAGGAGGAUACGGCCAAGGCUCGUCGAGCGGCCUCACCAACGCCAUAUCGAACGCAAACUCCAACGCCUUUUCAAACGGAGGCUCAGCAAGCAGUUCAAGCAAAUCAUCUGCGUUUAGUUCCGGCAGCGGGUCAGCCAAGGCGCAGGCGUCCAGCACCGCGACAGCUAGCAAGAUUGGUGCAUCCAGCUCAGCAUCAGCCUCUGCCGACACGAGAGACAUGCUUAUCUUCACCAAUUAAUCGUCGAUAACCAUUAACGACGUCCUCCGAGAACCUACCGUGGAUCAAGGCCACCAGAAGGUCACAUAAGGUCUUCCAAGCGCUUUGAAGCUGUGGAAAAUUUCGGAAAAUUGUGUACAAUCAAGGGUGUGUGUUUGUAAUUUGGGACCAUUCAUGGUUGGGGACCAAAAAGGGUGAAAUCGUCCCUGUGAUGAUGUUUCUUUCUUCUCAGGAUAUUUUGAGAAUUACUGGAGAUAUUUAAAAGGAGUUUAAACAAAAUUUGCGUGAUUAUUAUGUACCUACGAGGUAGAGAUAUAGGAAUAAUUAUAAAAAUGAUUUAGAAAGCAUGGAUUCAUCGUUCUGUAGAUCCAAAUGUAGCAUGCAACUUUUGUUCAAACUUCUUUUCCAUUCUGAAGAUAUUCUCGGAUCUCAAGAAAAAAAAAUUUAUCUGAGAAGUUUCACCCUUCGACAGUUUUAAUUUAAAAACCUGCACUCAACGUUCCAAAAUUUUCUGAGCUUCAUGAUCAUUCGCAGGGUCCAAAAAGCUGCCAGUGAUUGAAUACUUUAGAGUCAUCGAUAAACGACCAUCGUUAACGCGUCGAGUGUCGUGAGAUCGUCGAUUUAAUUGCAAAACAAUUGCAUACUUUGUUGACGUUUAGAUGACGGACUCGCACGACUAGCGCAAUAAACAUGAUGACAUAACGCAUCAUUUGCUGUUACGUGAUAUUUAAUUGCGCCUCGUCGUUGGCGAGAAUUUUUUUGAAUGUUAUUAACAGAUUUAUCUUAACGAAACAAUAGAAUAUUCGACACGUUAACGAUUCGAUACUUUUAACCCUUUGCGUUCGACACCAUUUUUUCUAUGGCGACCUAGCAACCUCAGACGAUUUUUUGAACAUUUCACGAACUUAUGACUAACAUAUGUUUAUUUUACGCACGAAUUAAUGUACAUAAGCAUUAUAUUUAAAUAUUUCACGUAUCUUCACAUUUUGAAAAAAGACAAACGUUUCUAAUGUUACGUUUUAGUUUAUGGACACUUAUCAGGAUGCAUUUAUGAACGAAAUUUGUUUCUUUGAAUCGAUUUAACAAUAGAAAUUUGUAUAUAGUUUCGAGACUUCGGGAAUAAUAAAGGCCUUUUUAAACAACUUUUUGCUACAAUGAGAAUUAACGCUGGAGAUGUCAAAGAGGUAAAAAGUCUUAUCGUUACUUCAAAGUGUACCAUUUUAUAAAGAACAUACUCGAUAUCAAUGCUUUGAGGAUCAAAUGAAUCGAACGUAGAGAUUGUCGUCUCUCAGUCGCCCCCUCGAAUUCAUACGUAAAGUGGCGACUGAAGGUUGUUCCUCGAGUGCAAAAGGUUAACGAAAGGACAGCGAUUGGUGACUUGUGAUACUGUUCUUGCCAAUGUACAAUACAUAACGAAUACUCUUUCCACGUUAUCUCCAAACGCAUUUGUGCACAAUUUGUUUAUCUUCGAUCACGGAAACAAUUACACGGAUUCGUUGAGAACGAAGAGAAUUAAAUUAUUCCUAUUGAAUCGUUCCGCGUGGACCAAUUGGUUUGGUAAACGUUUCAGAAUGUGUUUAUUUUUCAAAUACUUUUUAAACCGAGGAAAUUGAACGAAUCGAUAAUACUCUGAUUAUUUAUCGGUAUACGACCAGUAUACGGCUAGAUCGUAGAUCGCUGAUAGUUUUACACGCAUAUACUCGCAACUCAACUUUGUAAAUUAUUUGUUUUUUUUUUGUAGCGAAGUAAUUCGUGACGAUUGUAAAUUAGUGUCACGCGAACGUCGAAGAUUUUUUAAGGUAUUAAACUUCACCUUGUCGAAAUUAAAUCUCAAUUUUUGCAAACCCAGUUUGUUUUUCCUUCCUCUUCUAUUUUUUUUUUUUAGCGAUCGCUAUUGUUGGCUACGAAACGAGAUUUUUAUGGUAAUAUUUAUGGUUUUGUCGAGUACCCACGAUUAAUUGCGCUGAUUUUUCAAGCGUUUCCAAUUCGACGUCGAGCGUAGUUCUCAUAAUAUUUAUUUAUUGCGAACCAGCCGUACGAAUUCGAUGACGCACGUUUUUCUUUUAAUUUCAGCGGAAAAAUGUUUAGGUUACAAAUUAUCGACGAACGCCAUUAUUGGUGUUGCGACAUAUUUCUUUCCAUUUCUCUUUUUUAUGAUCGAUAUGAAUACGUUGAAAGGAUCGAUGCAAAUUUUUAGAGAUCCGGCAGACAGUGGAAUACUAAAUACGUGUCACCGUACCGUAAAUAUAGAUUUUAGAAGAGGACAUUAAAAAUCCUCGAGAACUUUUAAAAAGGAGGGAAAGUGGGAUUCGUGAUUUUCAUUCAGGAAUAUUAAUUUCCUUUAGAGUUAAUAUCGCAUUCAAAUUCGAACUGUCCGUUGGGAAUGAAUGGAUUAUCAAGCAAAUGAAUGAAAUAAUUUUUAAGAAUUUUAAAUUAUUGGAUUUUUGUGAUAAACAAAUUAUUACAGAAAGAGGGAAGUUUAAUUUAGAAAAUUAGACUUCGCUUUUCUAGUUUGGAUUAAAUUUACUGAAUUUAUAAUGUAACUAUUGUUGUACUUUUGCGUUAAAAAAAUAACAGAAAAGAGAAGCGGAAGAGAUACAGUUGAAUAGGAGAAACUGCAGUUGAAAAGUGUCGAGAUGGCCGAGUCGUUCUUCCCGUACCGUUAAUAACCGUUCAUGCGACAUUCGUAAUUCGUCUGUUAUUAUCGAUAAUCACUUUUGCAUCGAGUAUCACUUAUUCCGCGGUUUCGCGGAAUUUCCGUCUAUUAUCAUGCCUUAUCGUACGACCGCGGACACCGGCCCUCCGCCUCGCUCUCUUACAUAAUAUACAUAUAUUGCGCUGUCUGUAAGAAUUGAAUAAACUUUACUUUUCCAAUACCAAAA